UUUACCGUGGCAAAAUGUACGCAUAUUGUAAUUUUUGCACCACAGUUAAUUAAUAUAUCAAAAUGAAUAUUUUGGAAGUUUAUUUUUUCACUGUUCUUUUGAUUUUUCCUGCGUUUCAGACAUGCUCUGCAACCUUUUUUGUAAAUAAACGAGUGGGAGCACGCUAUUCUACCAAACCCGUAUUUAAUAAUGAUUACGAUGAAGACAAUAUUGAUAAAGACAUGCAUCUCAAAACAAUACAUACAGUGUAUUAUCCUAAUUCAAAGGAACCAAUUCGCUUUGAUUGUCACAAAUAUAACAAUAUUCUGUACACUUGUACUUACGAUAACUCCCAUAGAAAACCAGCUUACACUACGUGGCAACAUUUCUACGACUGCAAUUCCAAUGUUGGACCCGAACUGAAGAUAAAAGCUGAGAUGGUGAAAUAUCAGUUUUAUUUAGAAAGUUUCGACAAUAAUACUUUUUUGAGAGUAAUGCCUGAUCGUCUUCAAUCCAACAAAAUUGAUUUCAAAUCCUAUGUUAAACCAAGUGAUGAAAAUAUAAGUAAAUUAACAUUCACAGAGAAGAAAGACGUCAUAUUUGACUGUGGAGAAUAUUCAAAUAACGCUAAACAUGUUUAUGUAGGAUUCAUAAAUACAAAAAAACACAAGAUUGAAACAAUGAAUACAACAAGGAUGAUAAAAAAACUUGGUAAAGAACACAACGGCAAUACGCUGUGUUGUUUAUUUUAUACAAUUUAUGAAGAGCUUAAUGAGAAACAAGUGGUUCGAUACGUGAGGAAUAAGACUUUGUUGGUGUUUAGUCAUAAUACAAAUGAAAGCUGUACAGACAAAAGCUGCGCAGUUAAGAAAUCUGAUAAUAAUCCGGUUUCAGAGGAUCUGCUAGAAAUGAUAUUUGGACCUGAUAAUUCAAAUAAAUCUGAUAAGCCCUUUAAAAUAAUUGAAAACAGUAAUAAAAUAGCAAAAACAGAAAGAGGUUUACACGAUUUUUCAGAAAGAUGUUCAGACGCAAACUGCGCCGUUAAGGAAUCUGAUAAUGAUGCGGUUUCAAGAGAACUAUUAUUGCAGAGUAUAUUUGGACCUAAUGUUUUAAAUAAAUCUGUGCAGCCCCCUAAUGUAAUUGAAAACAGUAACAAAGUCACAAAAACGGAAAGAGCUGAACCAACAAGUAAAGCUUCUAUGGCAACACAAACUAAUUUUGAUGAAAUAGAUGACUUUAUUUUGUCGAAAAACGUGACUCCAAUUGCCGAUUCUCGCAUUACCAGAAAUCCUGCAGUGCUAUAUACAUCUGUUACUGCCGCAGUGCUCAUUCUUGCAGUCGCAAUAAUAAUUGUAGUAAGAAAACGUUUUUGUAAUAAGACGCCCUCAUCAUCAGAACCAAAACCUGCACCAAGGAAACGAAAGGAACCAUUUUAUUUGAAUAUGCUGUUUCGCAAAGAAUGUGACAAAGAAAUUGAGGCUCAACGACAGGAACAGGAACCGGUGUAUGAAGAGAUUUCGUGAAUAGAACUAACCUAUUAUUUGCACUAACUGUCCGAAUUUUUAUUGUAAUAAUAAAAUAAUACACAUGAAUAUAUACAUUUAAACAUUUUUGUAUAAUACAU